GCAAAGCGUGUGCGCACUAGAUCGGCGGCAAUUUGUCAUACCGGCCGUGUUGAGUAGGUACGACCGCGUUAAAAUUUCCGUACGCACUGCCACCAAAUCAACUGCCGUCGUUAAGUCCGCCGUUUAUCCGAGAAAUAACAUUUUAAAAUUAUUUCAACACGAUGUCGUAUCGAACCGCGUUGCCAGCGACCAUAUUCCGUUGACGUUAUAUACCGUGGUAUACCCGUCCGACGCGACUCCGCACGCGUUUCCAGGCCGUUUCGAAGAUUUUAACAUUUUUUUUUUUCACGUUUCGUCUGUUUUUCGAAACAGUUUCCGUCCCGUAGACGCGUAUACCGCAACCGCGUUUCCCCCGCACCCGGCGCAGAUCCACCGCGCCAUUGGCGGCUCCUGCCUCCCGCAGCACCAGAAUACUGCGCCUUAGCCCUUAAUACCGCAUACCAGGUGAACCUGACACGCGGUCCGCAGCCGGGAAAAGAUCUCGCCGUCCGCGAACAACACGGUAAUUGUUGAGGUAACCAACGCAAGUGCACACCUUAAUAUUGUACACACCGAUGACGAUGGACAGCAGCACGUUGAUUCUGAUAUGCAUAGCCGUUGCGCUCAUCGCCGUCGCGCUCAUCGGCCCAUUGAUCCGCAGACGCGUGUUCGUCGCCUCGUUCCGCUCUAUCGCCGGACCGCCGUCUCUGCCGAUCUUCGGCAACGCACUUCAGCUAAACGGCUCCCCUUCCGAUUUCUUUAGACUUUUACUCGAAUGGCAUUCGAAAUUUGGAGAUACGUAUCAACUAUGGAUUGGUCUACGACCAUUCAUAGCAAUGGCUGAUGCUGAUCAUAUUCAGCAAAUUUUGAACUCACCUAUUCACAUCGACAAAAAUCUUGAAUAUAAUUUACUACUUCCGUUUAUCGGUACAGGAUUGGUGACCAGUUCAGGAUCGAAAUGGCAUACAAGAAGGAAGUUAUUGACACCAACAUUUCAUUUUAAUAUUCUCGAGGAAUUCUUACCGUUGAUAGAAAAACAGGGUAAAACAUUAGUAAAGAUGUUAAGAAAAGAGAUAAAUAAUGAUACUGGAUUCGAUAUUAAGCCCUACGCAAAAUUGGCUGCUCUAGAUAUCAUUGGUAACACAGCCAUGGGCUGUGAGAUCAACUCACAGGAGAAUUCGCAACUGGACUAUGUUAAAGCAUUGGAUGAGCUUACUGCAAUCAUGCAGAAACGGUUUAUAACACCGUGGUUGAAACCAAAUUUACUAUUCAACUUAACAUCUCUUAGUAAAAGACAAAAGGCAUGCAUAGACGUUAUACAUACAUUUACAAGAAAGGUUAUAAAAGAGAGGAAAGAAACUAUUAAACUAUUCAACAAUCAGAUGUCAGAUGCAAAUAAAAAUGAAAUACACCAUGGCAAAAAACCUAACAGAGCAUUAUUGGAUUUAUUGCUAGAAGUAUCCGAAGAUGGGAAAGUGUUAAGUGAUGAUGAUAUUCAAGAGGAAGUCGACACUUUCAUGUUUGCGGGAACUGAUACAAGUUCUGUUACUUUUUGUUGGAUUAUGUAUGUCUUGGGUAAACAUCCACAUGUACAAGAUAGAAUAGUGGAGGAAUUAAACGAAAAAAUUCCAAAUUUCGGCAAUCAAAAGUUAACAGUACAAACCUUAAGCGGUCUUGACUAUUUGGAAAGAACAAUCAAAGAAGUUUUACGACUUUACCCAUCCGUCCCAUUUAUUGGUAGACAAAUUUACGAACCACUCAAAAUCGGUGAUCUCACUAUUUUGCCGGGGACGUCAAUUUUCAUAAAUGUGUUUGCUUUACAUAGAAAUGAAAAACAUUUUGAGAAUCCGGAAACGUUUGAUCCCGAUAGGUUUUUAAAGGACUUUAAAAGCGAUCUUCAUCCUUAUGCCUUCAUACCAUUUAGUGCAGGACCAAGGAACUGCAUUGGACAAAAAUUCGCAAUGAAUGUGCUGAAAAUAGUGGUCGCCACAGUGAUAAAAUCGUACAGAGUUAAGUCAAUAGACCCAGAAGACAAGUUAGGGCUUGUUGGAGAAAUCGUAUUGAACGCAAUGAACGGAAUCAACGUAACACUUGAAGAACGGACGUAGACCUAUCCAAGUGCUUACUAACUUUAAUACAUACAUUCAUAAUGUAUUGACUACUUCCAC